AGAGUUGCUCUGGAAAUAGUCUUCGGCAUGCCGACAUCUAGGUCCUCUGGCACUCCCAUCGUUCUGCUUUCCUCCCCCCUUUAUCAGCAUCUUCCUCGAAGUUGGCGCGUGCCUCAUCGCCGUGCCGCCGAGAUGACCCUGGACAAUCUCAUGACCUAUUGCGCUCGUCACCAACCAGCAAGUGUGUGACUGCAUCAAUCAUGCUCUCCAUCUCGUGCUCUGUCGACGUAAUCACCACAUCGUCAGGUCACCUAGCCAAAGCUGGUAUUGAACGCGAUGUGCAAACGUGCGAGCAAACGAAUGCGUUGCAAGUACCGGAGCCAAGGCAGAUGGAGCAGGAGAACGGAGGGGUAUUUGUGUGGAAACGUAAAGUUACAUUGCGCGAUGCGGUGUGAGCCGAAAGCCACCGAAGCUAACACAAAUCUUGAAGGAGGUAGGAGAAUUGCAAACAAUGAGUGAGUGGUCCAAAGGAUUAAAAAGGCAUGUGGUUGAUAGCACCGUGUGGUUUGAAAUGGCAUAUCGAAAGCCCCGGCUAGACGAAGGCGAAGUCGACGACUAGCGUCCUCUUCCAAGCGCGUC